GGCAAAAUGGACGAUAUAGCAGUUCGGAUGCCCGAUCAUGUCUUAGAAGUGAUAUUUUCAUAUUUGGAUCUGCACUCCAUGAGAAAUUGUUCUUUGGUGUGCAAAAACUGGUACAGAAUUCUCAAUGACGAAAAUAACGAUGUAUGGCGAAUGCACUGCAUUAGAAAAUUAGCCCAAGAAGUUCUCAGUUCAGACUUGCUGUCAUCUGUACCAACGUAUAAAGCCAAAUUACGAGCAUUUUAUCAUGCCUGGAAUCCAAAUGAUUGUUCGCGCAACGUUUACAUCAAACCCAACGGAUUUACUCUGCACAGAAAUCCAGUGGCGCAAAGUACAGACGCGUGUAGAGGUAAAAUAGGAUUUCGGCAUGGAAGACAUGCUUGGGAAGUGAUUUGGGAAGGACCUUUGGGAACAGUUGCAGUGAUAGGAAUAGCAACAAAAGAAGCACCCCUUUUGUGCCACGGGUACGUAGCACUUCUGGGCUCUGAUGAGCACUCAUGGGGCUGGAAUCUCGUAGAUAAUCACCUAUUGCACAACGGGGAUGCACAAGGAAAUUAUCCUUUACUCAACAAUGCUCCGAAGUAUCAAGUUGGUGAAAGAAUUCGAGUCAUCUUAGAUUGCGACGACAACACGCUCUCGUUUGAAAAAAAUUACGAAUUUCUAGGAGUAGCAUUCAGAGGACUUCCGGACAAAAGAUUGUUUCCUUCAGUCUCGGCGGUAUACGGAAAUACAGAAGUUUCGAUGGUGUAUUUAGGGCCUCCCUUGGAUGGGUAACAUUGUGGAAAUGGCAGAAUCACAGACUUAAAAAAUCACUGAUCGACGCCAAGUUCAGGAACUUAAAUCUACGUUUAAGUAGAAUUUUUACAUUGAGAACGAUCCGACGAUUUCUCUUUCAGUGAAAAGAGAAAAAAGAUUGAGGCAUUGUCGUUGAAAUCGACAAGUGUUUGGACGAUGAUGUAUAUAGGCUACGACUCAUGUAGAUAAUAAGUGUAUGUUUAGCUAAAGGCUCUCGAGCCAAAAGUACUGAACUUAAGUAUACGGCUGCUGCUCUCCUACGCCAGUUUUCGCUUUUCAGUUACUGAAAACUCGUACUUUAUAUGCAACGAAGCAGAACUACACAGUGGGCACACAAGUCCUAAACUUGUCCUAUAUACGUCUUUCGGCGGACGUCUUAAGGACGCCCUGAAGACCUUUUAAAGGCAUGAAAAGAUCCGAAGGAUGUCUUAAAGGCGUCAAAUCAUAUGACAUAGAGGUACAUUCUAAGGAUGUCUUUAUGACGUCCCAGUGCCCACUGGGUAGUUCCAAGUCAUCAAAGCAAUCUGCUGAUCUGCGACUUGCAUUACUCCAUUAGAACUUCGAGAUUUAUUUAAUAGCGAUCGUGCAAUUACAUUCCUAGGUGAGGUCACACCGCUUAUUACUUGUGUACUUACGUACUUAAGAAUGUCGAUUGUGAGAGAUAUUCAAGAUUUUGUGAAAUUUAGGUCCGCGAAACUGGAAAAAUUCACGAUUCUUGUCUCGGAAGAAGUCCCUGAGUUUUUACUGCUAAAUAAGAUUCCAUUUUUUUAGCUGGGCAUUUAAAAUACUCCUAGGUUUUUCCUUCUUGUCGAGUAUUCCGUAAAGUGUGCUUCUAGUGAUUUUGCAAAUACAUUGUUUAUUUUUUAAAAACGAUGUAAUGUAACUAAUGUCCAGAUUGUAUAUUACAAUCUGAUUUAAAAAAUUACCUAGAGAUGGUAAGGUUUUUACGAGAUAUCUUAUUUAUUUAGAAUCCAUGGAAAUGAACGAUUACAAAUGAGGUGUUUUUAAUGUACAUACAGUUUCCUAUUAUUAUAUUUAUCACGUGUAGUUUUCAUCGAUUAUUUUUUCUAAACUUUUGUACAGAAUUGUGUACAUAGC